AUGAGGGCUGUUCCAACACCUAGAAAAUCCAGGACCCGCUUUUUGCGCCGGAAGUUUGGACAAAUGUAUCAAAUUGUCUCUUUUCGAAAGGUGCGAAAGAAGCACAACCUCCACCACUUACAUCAACUGCACCGAAGGAAUACACGGACAUCGCGGCAGAAACGGGCCAAUUUUAAAAAUAUUACUACACCUUUGGUUAUAGACGAUUAUGUGGAUUUGGAUUCAGGUCCCGAGUCGCCUACCGCAAAGCGCAAGCCAUUGUUGAUCGCGUCGUUUCCUAAUGGGUAUGGGCGAUCACCACGGGUCAAAAUUCUGCAAAAGAAUAUUCUUUCGAGGUUCUGGAUAAGCCGCAGACGCUAUCGUUUGCGGAAGUACAAUCCUGGUAUGCUGGAGUUUCAGGCCCAAAGACAAGGUUUCCAGGAAGACGACUGUUUCCGGAGUUGUCGGACUAUAAGAAAACAGGCUGCAAAAUAUGCUGACGUGAAGUUCAAUUUUGAACGACACAAUGUGGUCAAAACAGUGUGUAUUCCUAUCGAUCAUUCGCGAAUUCAGCAACCUCAGUUUUUGGAAUUCGACCCGGAGCACAGUGUAAGAUUGGAUGAAAUUCCCUCAUUAAUGGCAGCACAUAAUGCUAUGCAUGAGGUGCAGCGACCCCUGGUAAGCGAACAAGGCCAGGGCCCAGGAUAUGUGGCCUUGUUCAAGCGAAAGUGUAAAAGCACACUCGAGGAGCUUCAUUGGAAAGCCAGCGAAUAUGUACCUCGCAUAUGUCUGUUAGAUCAGCCUGAUAUAAUCAUUAUGAGCUGUGUCAAAACUCCCAAUGACGGCCACUAUGCUAAGGUCGACCCUAGUGCGCAAACACUACGAAAGAAAGCCGGCGCUUUUUUGGAAGCUUCCCGUCUGGCUGGAAGUGCUUUGAACAACUACAGUCGAAUGUUGCAAAAGUUGGAAACAGUAUCACCAGGCGCAACUCGAACGCUGCGUAUCGCCACGACGAGCAGUAUCGCUCAAUAA